AUGUUCUUUAAUGAACAUAGUCCGAUCUAUUUUGAAGUACCUAUCAGCCACAAUAAAACAGAAACUACAUGGGUGUAUGAUGGUGUUACCAUGGGAUAUGUGAGACGUCGUAUUAAUGAAAUUAGUGGGGACUAUUUUGUUGAAUUAACAUCCUUAUCAUUAUCAGCAACAGGAGCAGUCACAGCUGAUAAUAUUCCAACAUCAACAACAUCAUUGAAGAUGGCUGAAAAUCAAUAUCAUGAUGGUUAUUCAUCAAGAAAUAUUCUAAUAGUUUUUGGUUUGGGUAUGGUUCUAAUUAUCGUACUUUUGUUACUUAAUUGCUAUGGACUGAUAGUAUUACGACGAUCACGACAUCACAUAUACACGUAUCUUCCUAUACUUCAAAAUUUAGAAAAAACAAAAAAAGAAUAUUCGAAAUAUGAUGAAAUGGAUGCUCCUCUAUGUUCAUUUGCUUAUCGUCCAUAUAAAUCACCAUUAUGUUGUUGGUCUUUAUCAAGAGCAAUUAUGUAUACGCUUGAUGAACAUUUUACUGAUCAUCCACAUGGUAUUGCCCAAUAUUUAGCAAUAACUAAAUGGGCACAUGGUAUUGAAAAAAGUUGA